AUGGAGGCCAUCCAGGAGUCGUUCCAGAAGGUGGAGAAGAUUGGGGAGGGCACCUAUGGCGUGGUGUACAAGGCUCGCAACAAGCGCACGGGGCAGCUGGUGGCCCUCAAGAAGAUCCGCCUGGACGCGGAGUCAGAGGGUGUCCCCAGCACUGCAAUACGAGAAAUCUCACUGCUGAAGGAGCUGAAGCACCCUAACAUAGUCAGGCUCCUAGAUGUCAUACACAGCCAGAAGAAGCUCUAUAUAGUGUUUGAGUAUCUGAAUCAGGACCUGAAGAAGUACAUGGACUCAUGCCAAGCUGGAGAGCUUCCUUUAAGCUUGGUCAAGAACUACCUUUUCCAGAUGCUGCAGGGUGUGAGCUUCUGCCACUCGCACAGGGUCAUCCACAGGGACUUGAAGCCACAGAACUUGCUCAUUAACGAAGCAGGAGCAAUCAAGCUGGCUGAUUUUGGACUGGCAAGAGCUUUUGGGGUCCCCCUGCGCACAUACACUCAUGAGGUGGUGACUCUGUGGUACCGAGCCCCCGAGAUACUGCUGGGAUGCAGAUACUACUCGACCCCUGUGGAUAUCUGGAGCAUUGGCUGCAUCUUUGCAGAAAUGAUGACCAGGAAGGCCCUGUUUCCAGGGGACUCUGAGAUCGACCAGCUCUUCCAGAUCUUUCGCACCCUGGGCACUCCCACCGAGGUGACCUGGCCUGGUGUGACCCAGCUCCCUGACUACAAGGGCAGCUUUCCUCGGUGGCCAAGGAAGGAGAUGAAGGACAUUGUUCCAAAUUUAGAUCGAGAUGGGAGAGACUUACUGACACAAUUACUCCUGUAUGAUCCCAGCAAGCGCAUCUCAGCCAAAGCAGCCCUCAACCAUCAGUACUUCCUCUGCAGAAACGCUGGGAGCCCUGAACAGCGACCUGUGCUGUGGAGAGACUGCAGAUGAGAGGACACAGCUCUCCCCAAGCUCUUGCACCUCCAGGUAGCACUGCAGAUCUGGUCUGGGGCACUUAGCAGGGGCCUGGCUGGAACCCAGGGUCUUGCUUCUCCUGAGGAGCCUGGAAGGGGACGUUCUUGCCAUUUAGAGACUUUCAGUCUGUUGUUGGGGGAAAGUUUGGGUUACAGCCAGGAGAGCUGUUUUG